UUGAAGGCACUGCUGUUAAAAAAUUUUCAUGAGAAAUGAUUACAUGCUUGAAUGAGACCUUCUUUGCAAAUACUUAUGUGGGCUUGUGUCUCUUCCCUUGCCCCCACAUUCUGCAGUGACAUUUCCAAAGAUUCCUUAGAGAAGAUCCUCACACAACUUGAGUGUCAUUUCACAUGGAUGUUGCUGAAGGAUGAUGUUGAUCCUGAUGAAUUAGAGGAAAGAAUUCUUGAACAGAUUUGCUUUUUGCAGUUCAGGUCCAAAGUCCGGAAUUAUAACCUGUUGGCUUAUGUGAAGUACUUGAAUGGCAAGAGGGAAGAAGCUCUGGAAAGCCUACAGAAAGCAAAAGAGGCUGCUGAAGAAGAGUACCCAGGAGACAUUGAGAAAAACAGUCUUGUGACGUGGGGCAACUAUGCGUGGCUGUACUGCCACAUGGACAGACCCCCAGAAGCAGAGACCUAUGUGAAAAGGGUGGAGAGUGUUUGCAAACAACACCAAAGCGAUUCUCCUUAUAAGAUGACAUUACCAGAGAUCUACUGUGAAAAGGGGUGGGCCUUCCUCAAAUUUGGGAUAAAAUAUUAUGAAAAAGCCAAGGAGAGUUUUGAAAAGGCCCUGCAAGAAGAACCUGAAAACCCAAAAUUUAAUGCCGGCUAUGCCAUCACAGUGUACCGCCUGGAGGAGUACUAUGAAAGGAGAUCUCCAGCAGCAGGCUCUUCGCUGGAACCCUUGAAGCGCGCAGUUACACUGAAUCCGGAUAACGCAUUCGUCAUGCCUCUCCUCGCAUUAAAGUUGCAGGAAACCCAUAAAGCUAAAGAAGGGGAAAAGUACAUUGAAGAAGCCCUGUCAAAACACCCAUAUGAUCCAUAUGUGCUGAGGUAUGCUGCAAUGUUUUACAGGAAAAAAGGUAAUGUGGAAAAGCUCCUGUUGUGUUUGACAAAAGCAUUAGAGUUGACGUCAAAUUCUAGUUUCUUGCACCAUCAGAUGGGGCUUUGCUACAGAGCACAGUCCUUUGAAAUGAAAAGGACCAAAGGAAAGUACCAAUCUGGAAAAAAGAUGGAGGAAAUGAUCAGGCUUAUCAUUUUUCAUUUCCAGAAAGCGGUGGACCAUAAACCCAAAUUUUUCUAUGCUUACUAGACCUUGCAGGUAUCUAUGCUGAAGGGAGGCAGCUUCAAAAAGCAGAAGAAACAUUUCAGAAUAUAUUGGUGAAGAAGAAACUAACCUGUGUCGAAAAGCAGGAAUACCACUGGUGGUAUGGGCAUUUUCAAAAAUCGAACAAAAAAAUCAGAAUUGGAAGCACUUGAGAACUACCUGGAAGGUGUGAAAAUUGAAAGUUAAUCAAUUUGGAGAAAAAAGUGCAAAUCUUGUCUGAGCAAAUUAAUAGAAAGGAAAAUCAGCCAAGGCCAGGGAGAUGCCAAAUGUUUCAGCGUCCAUGGUUUCAUUGCCCAGCUUGAUGGAAAAAAGCAGGAAGCAAUUAAAUACUAUGAACAAGCCCUGGAACUGGACCCUGGAAAUGAAGAAUACCUCAUUGCUAUUUUGAACCUGAAGCUUUCCUUAUAAAAUGCAACUUCCCAACAUGUGGUCACAGUGUGUUGAAGAUGCAGCCCCAAGUUUAUUAUACAAGAACUGCUGCAAGAUGGCCUGAUUACCCUUGCACAGAGUUUGCAGUAGUCUGAAACUUGUAUCACGGUUUUGAGACACAUAUAUGGAAAAAAUGAUUGUCCCCACAGAACUGUUUUUUUCUGCCACCUGAGAACAUCUUCUCUUGUUUUUCAUGCGCAGGGUUGCCAGUACUUGAAAUAAUAAUGCUGAAAAUGUGUGUUAUUUUGUCAAGGUCUGGAGGAAGGCGAGCAAUACCUAAGUAUUCAGCAACUGCAUGCACUUCCAAGUCCUCUCCCAUCAAGCAAGACCAUGCACACACGAUCCAGGCUGUAAAUCUGCCUCAGAACAGGGAUUUUCAACUGCUGGUCCAUGAAAAAGCCGGCUACCAGCAGCAGGGCUAGCUGUGCUCUCCCUGCACAUUCACCACCUCUGUCUUGGAGGGGGCAGGAAGGGGAGACACAGCUCAGUAGGAGCCAGCUGGGUGCCCCCCAGCACUAGGUUCACCCUCUGGGCAGGGCCCUGAAGACCAGGCCUUUUUCUGCUGUGUUGUAGUGUAGGGGAAAUGUUUAGGCGGAGUUGUGUUGACUGCGUUUUCUUAGCCAAUCAGUGCUGGAGUGUGUGGGGAUUUGAGUGGAUGGAGUUAGUUGCAUUUAUUAUUUAACAUUAUGAAUAUUACUGCAUUAAGUAACUUUGCUUGACUUUGUAUUGCUCUGCUGUUAACGAUGCAUUUGAAAUUGUUUUUGCUAUGAGUAUAGUAUGGCAUUUAUAUUGAUUUGGUAUUUUGCUCUUUGAAUUUUUGAUCAAGUAUUCUUGAAAAGAAGCAGCAGCAGAUUUCAUACUAGGCUUAUUUGAAUUGCAUAUCACUCUCUAAAAAUCUCAGUUGUAGUUGAUUACGUUUAACAUCAUUAAUUUAUUCUUUUACUUUCUCAUCCUUUUAGAAAUUAUAUUAAAAAACGAAUACAGAAAAUACUA